GGACGUUUUGAUCAUAUAGAUUGCUUGAAUGGGACUUGGCCACUUGGGAACGAGGCUUACCGCAUCAAAGAAGAUUUGGGUUCCCAGUUUUGAGAUGAAAAGAUGAGAUGACGUGGCUUGUUGCAGAGCUUGGAGGGAAAUGGUAAAUACGUCUGCCCCUGGCAUUCCUCAACUACUCCGGAGUUUCGAAGGGAAAAGAGCAGCAAACCUCGCAUUGGGAAGCGGACAAAAUCCUUGGAAACGUGAAAAAACAAAACAAAUCCCACCCAGACACCUUGCAUCACGACUGUGGAAGAAGACCAUGCAAAAUCUUGUCACUAUCACUUGAUCCACACCAUUCUCUGCCAUGUUUUCAUUUCCCCUUACCCCUCCUCCCUUCUCUUCUCUUCCUUCCCUCCUUCACUUCUCUCUUGGUUAAAGAAUGGUUCCUCUCAUUUCCUUCUCUCAUAAGACCCUUUCCACAUUUUCAUUUGCAUUUUAAUGUAAAAACUAAGACAAAACACCUUUUAAGUAUUUCCUUUUUCUUUUCCAAGAUUAUAUAUGUGCUUUGCUAGUGUUUUUAAUUCAGCUGCAAAUGCAAAAUUUUGCAUUUUUUUCCUUUGUUUUUUAGUUUUAAGUUAAAGAAAAAAAAAAAAAAACCCUUUCCUUGAGCCUGAAACAAAAGAAAAUCUUCAUGUUCUGUUGUUAAGUUUUCCUUUUACUCCUUUGAUACUGGAAAGCACAAAAAAAAAAAAAAAAAAAACCCUUGUUUUCUUAGCUCAAGAGGAUCCAAGAAAGCUGUAGAAAAACAAAAGUUCCCUUCUUUCUGGAGAAAGUGAAGGAAAAGAAUGGCAGGGAACGAGUGGAUAAACGGGUACUUGGAAGCAAUAUUAGACAGUGGAGCAGCAGCCAUCGAGGAGCAAAAGCCAGCAACCGUGAAUUUGAGAGACAGAGGUCAUUUCAAUCCAACAAAGUACUUCGUUGAAGAGGUGGUGACAGGUGUGGAUGAGACUGAUUUACAUAGGACAUGGAUCAAAGUUGUUGCCACCCGGAAUACCAGGGAACGUAGUUCCAGGCUAGAGAACAUGUGCUGGCGCAUUUGGCACCUUACCCGUAAAAAGAAACAGUUGGAAUGGGAAGAACUGCAAAGAAUGGCGAAACGGAGAUGGGAACGGGAACAAGUGCGCAGGGAUGAAGCGGAGGACUUGUCCGAAGACUUGUCAGAAGGAGAGAAGGGAGAUGCUCUUGGUGAGAUGAUGCAACCUGAGACCCCAAGGAAAACAUUCCAGCGAAACUUUUCCAACUUGGAAGUGUGGUCAGAUGACAAGAUGGAAAAAAAACUUUACAUUGUACUUAUCAGUUUGCAUGGUUUAGUCCGAGGGGAUAACAUGGAGCUUGGCCGAGAUUCUGACACUGGUGGACAGGUCAAAUAUGUAGUAGAGCUUUCUAGGGCUCUUGCAAAGAUGCCGGGAGUGUACAGAGUAGAUCUUUUUACUCGACAAAUCUCAUCACCUGAUGUUGAUUGGAGCUAUGGUGAGCCUACAGAAAUGCUAACGACUGCUGUUGAAGAUGCAGAUGGCAAUGAUGUUGGAGAGAGUGGUGGUGCAUACAUUAUAAGGAUUCCUUUUGGUCCGCGUGAUCAGUACCUUCGUAAAGAAUUACUAUGGCCAUAUAUUCAGGAAUUUGUCGAUGGUGCUCUUGCUCAUAUUCUAAAUAUGUCAAAAGUUCUAGGUGAACAAAUUGGUGGGGGCCAACCCGUGUGGCCAUAUGUUAUCCAUGGCCAUUAUGCUGAUGCAGGAGACAGUGCUGCUCUUCUUUCAGGUGCUUUAAAUGUUCCAAUGGUUUUAACAGGACACUCUCUUGGGAGAAACAAGCUUGAGCAGCUGCUUAAACAGGGACGACAGUCAAAGGAAGAUAUCAAUUCAACAUACAAGAUUAUGAGAAGAAUUGAAGGAGAAGAACUUUCUCUUGAUGCUGCAGAACUAGUAAUCACUAGUACCAAGCAGGAGAUUGAAGAGCAAUGGGGACUUUAUGAUGGGUUUGAUGUGAAGCUUGAAAAAGUUUUACGUGCACGUGCUAGACGUGGGGUAAACUGUCAUGGUCGAUAUAUGCCAAGGAUGGUGGUUAUUCCUCCUGGCAUGGACUUCAGCAGUGUUGUAGUUCAAGAAGAUGCCCCUGAGGUUGAUGGAGAACUAACCACACUUAUUGGUGGUACUAAUGGGUCAUCUCCGAAGGCAAUUCCUGAAAUAUGGUCAGAGGUCAUGCGGUUUCUUACAAAUCCCCACAAGCCUAUGAUCUUGGCCUUAUCUAGACCUGAUCCAAAGAAGAACAUAACCACUCUUUUGAAAGCCUUUGGAGAGUGUCGUCCUUUACGAGAACUUGCUAAUCUUACACUUAUAAUGGGGAACAGGGAUGAUAUUGAUGAAAUGUCUAGUGGGAAUGCUAGUGUGCUCAUAACAGUAUUGAAACUCAUUGAUAAGUAUGAUCUCUAUGGGCUGGUGGCCUAUCCAAAGCAUCACAAACAAUCUGAUGUUCCAGAUAUUUAUCGACUUGCAGCAAACACAAAGGGAGUUUUCAUCAAUCCUGCUCUGGUUGAGCCUUUCGGACUUACCUUAAUAGAGGCAGCAGCUCAUGGACUUCCAAUGGUGGCAACAAAAAAUGGCGGACCAGUUGACAUCCAACAGGCACUAAAUAAUGGCCUUCUUGUGGACCCCCAUGACCAACAAGCAAUUGCUGAUGCCCUGCUUAAGUUGGUAUCAGAGAAAAACUUAUGGCAUGAAUGCAGAAAGAAUGGUUGGAAGAAUAUACACCUAUACUCAUGGCCCGAACACUGCCGUACUUACUUGACCAGGGUGGCGGCUUGUCGAAUGAGACAUCCUCAGUGGCAAACAGAUACACCGGGAGAUGACAUUGCUGCUGAAGAAUCAUCUUUAAAUGACUCACUUAAAGACGUGCAUGACAUGUCCCUUAGGCUCUCGGUUGAUGGAGACAAAUCUUCACUGAAUGGAUUCCUGGACCCUUCAGCUGCAUCUUCUGGUGACCCUGAGCUGCAAGACCAAGUGAAAAGAGUCCUAAGCAAGAUGAAAAAGCCAGAAACAAACUCAAAAGACUCUGAAGAAGGGAAGCUUGAAAAUGUGGCAAACAAGUAUCCAAUUUUGAGGAGGCGGCGUAGAUUGAUUGUUGUAACACUUGACUGCUAUGACAGCCAGGGGGUCCCUGAGAAGAAGAUGGCUCAAAUUGUACAAGAAAUACUUAAGGCUGUUCGGCUGGACACUCAAACUGCAAGAGUCACAGGAUUUGCUAUGUUAACAGCUAUGCCAGUCUCAGAAACAAUUGAGUUUUUGAAAUCAGCAAAGAUUCAAGUAAAUGAUUUUGAUGCUCUGAUCUGUAGCAGUGGCAGUGAAGUUUAUUACCCUGGAACUUACACAGAAGAGGAUGGAAAGCUUUUUCCAGAUCCUGAUUAUGCAUCUCAUAUUGCCUACCGAUGGGGCUAUGAGGGUCUAAAGAAGACAAUUUGGAAGUUGAUGAACCCUGAAGGAGAAGAAAAAUCCACAUGUUCUGCUAGCCCCAUUGAGGAAGAUGUGACAUCGAGCAACGCCCACUGUGUUGCAUACUUUGUAAAGGAUCUGAGUAAGGCUAAGAGAGUGGAUGAUUUGAGGCAGAAGCUUAGGAUGCGAGGUAUCCGUUGCCAUCCAAUGUAUUGCAGGAACUCAACUAGACUGCAAGUUGUUCCUCUCCUUGCAUCCCGAGUACAGGCACUCAGGUACCUUUUUGUGCGUUGGAGACUGAAUGUUGCAAACAUGUUUGUCAUUGCUGGCGAAAAUGGAGACUCUGAUUAUGAAGAAUUGAUAUCCGGGGCACAUAAGACUUUGAUCAUGAAAGAAGUAGUGACUAAAGGUUCUGAAGGAUUGCUCAGAAGAACUGACAUGAGAGAUGAUAUUGUCCCUGUCAAUAGCCCCUUGAUCACCAGUGUUAAAGGUGGAGGAACAGCAGAUGACAUUGCCAAUGCUUUAAAAAUAUUAUCCAAAGCAAGCCUCUAGAAGCUGCUGUUAGAGCAUCAGAUGGUAGUCUACAUUCCUUAUUCCAAUAAAAAUUCUUGUCUCAACCCUUUUUUUGAAUACAAUAGAAGAAUGGGAAAUUUCCUUUCCUAGAGCACUCUAACGUUUUUGCCAAAUGUAGCUAGAUAAGUUCCAAACUGAUCUACAAUGGCCAGUUUCUAUCUGAUGUAGAUACAAUUCUACCACCAUUACUAAAGUUAUCUGCAUAUAUUAAUAGCAAGGUGAAAGUAUUCAACUAUUAUUGUACAGAAGAAAAGAUUGAAGUAUACAUGUAGCAAAGUUGGUGGCGAUUUUUUUUUUUGGGGGGGUAUUUGAGACUGUUAUCACUGAAACUAAGAGUCCAAUAUUUUACUAACAGACCGCGUAACUGUUGGCAGUGGUGAUGUUAUCGGGCUGCUAUACUGAGGUCCAGCUGCCAUAUUAUUCUCCUCAACUUCUCUGCAACUUUUUGAUAGGAUAAAUUCUGUCAUAUUAUGCUAAGUUCUUACCAUGGAUGAGAACAUUCCAAUCUUGUUGGAACCAACCAAAUGCUUUAAACAUGCUGUAGAUUGGGACAGCCACUUGACUUUGCAGACUUUGAUAAAGCCAAAAGUAUCAAGCUUCAUGCAAGGAUUAAAAUCUAUCAAAUGAGAUACAUUGUUGAGCACAAAAGCAAGGUAAUGUGAAGCUUAAAGGGAAGAAACAGCCAAUAUUCUUUUGUGCAAGUGACUGAUAUUUUUAUUAGCUAUUGCCAUUGUGCUCAUUGCUCAAGCCUCAAAUGCUUGUUAAUUGGUUUAGCCUGAGUUGCACGCUGAGUUGUGCUAGCAUU